AUGGCUUCCAAUUCCAAGUCUCAAAAGUCAGUGAAGAAUUAUUUUACCAAAGUUCCAAAAUCAAGUUUGGACUCUCAUGAUCAACCUAAUCUAGAAGAAAAUGUCAACCACUCAGAAGUACCAUUGCUUUCUUCUCAGGAAUUUGAUUUGAAUUCUUUAAAGCAUGACCCGGGUGAAAGAACUCAAAUCUUGGACUUUCAUCCAAAUCAUCGUGAUGUCAUUCGAAGAGAAUACCUUAGGAGAGGUCCUUGUCAACCUCGGCUUAAAGAGUAUCCUAAAACAAAAAUUUCUAGAGAUAUGCGUCGUUUUAAUCCUCAGUGGUUUAGUGAGUAUUCUAAUUGGUUAGAGUAUAGUGAAAGUAAAGAUGCAGUCUUUUGUUUGAAUUGCUAUCUAUUUGCAAACGAUAAUAUUCAUCAAGGAGGGGGUGAUGUAUUUUCGACCAUAGGGUUUAGGAGUUGGCAAAAAAAGAAGAGUCUUAAAAAACAUGUUGGUGGAGGAAAUAGCAUUCAUAAUCAGUCAAGAAAGAAUUGUGAAGAUCUAGUGCGACAAGAACAAUCUAUUCAAUCUGCACUUGUGAGGCAAGAUUCUCAAUUUAAGCAUGAGUAUUGGCUCCGCUUAACUGCUUCAGUUGAUGUUGUAAGGCUUCUUUUGAAUCAAGGAUUGGCAUUUCGGGGUCAUGAUGAAUCUAAAUCAUCACUUAACAGAGGUAAUUUUCUUGAAAUUCUUUCAUGGUAUUCUGAAAUGUGUGAUAACAUUAAAGAUUGUGUAUUGAAACAUGCUCCACAAAAUGAUUUGAUGACUUCUCCAAUGAUUCAAAAAGAAAUUGUGACUACAUGCAAAAUUGAAACAAUUAAGACUAUCAUAGAAGAAUUAAAUGGUGAUUACUUUGCCUUGUUGGUUGAUGAAUCUUUUGAUGUAUCGCGCAAGGAGCAAAUGGCCGUUGUUUUACGAUAUGUUGAUAUAAUGGGAUUUGUGAUGGAGCGACUUAUCGAUAUUAUUCAUGUUCAAGAUACUUGUGCAUCAUCUCUAAAAGAAGCAAUUGUUAAUUUACUUGCUCAACAUUCCUUGAGUCUUUCUUAUGUACGUGGACAAUGUUAUGAUGGGGCAAGUAAUAUUCAAGGUAGAAUCAAUCGCCUUAAAAUUUUGAUUAAGCAAGAAAGUAGAUCGGCUCAUUUUGUUCAUUGCUUUGCUCAUCAACUUCAACUAAGUCUUGUUGCGGUUUCUAAAAAGUGUGUUGAAGUAGGGGAACUUGUACUAUUGGUUUCAAGUAUUUUGAAUAUGUUGGGAGCUUCUUUUAAACGCAUGGAUGAAUAUCGAGAAUCUCAAAAGAAAAGAGUUCAAGAGGCAUUAGAUAUGGGUGAACUUGAAACUGGUAGAGGCUUGCAUCAAGAAUUUGGUCUUACUAGAGCUUGUGAUACUCGUUGGGGAUCCCACUACAAAUCUUUUAGUAACUUUAUUAUUAUGUUUGGUUCAAUUGUUGAUGUACUUAAUGAUAUUGUUGUUGAUUCACAUUGUCCAGAUGAAAGUGCCAAGGCAAUGGAAUUUCUCAGAGCAUGUCAAACAUUUGAUGUUGCAUUCAUAUUGCAUUUGAUGAGAGAUAUUUUAGCAAUCACAGAUGAGCUUAACAAAUGCUUACAGAAAAAAGAGCAAGAUAUCGUAAAUGCCAUGCUACUUGUUCAAGUAGCAAAGAAAAGGUUGCAAAAGUUCAGAGAGGAUGAAUGGGGUUCGCUUAUUGAUAAAGUAUCUAAAUUUUGUAUCAAGUAUCAAAUUUUGAUACCUAAGUUAGAUGAGCCGUACUUUACCUCUUUGAGAUCACGACGUAAACUUGCUGGUUGUACUAUCUCACACCAUUAUUAUGUUGAAGUGUUUUGCAAAGUUAUUGAUUGGCAAAUUCAAGAGCUUUCUUAUCGUUUUGAUGAAGUAACGACUGAUUUGCUUCAUGGAAUUGCUUGUUUAAAUCCAAUUGACUCAUUUUCUAGUUUUGAUCUUAGGAAAAUAAUGAGAAUGUCUGAACAUUAUCCUGAUGACUUUGAUGAAUUUAGUAUGGGGGUUCUUGAGAAUCAACUUGAGAGUUACAUUAUUGAUGUUCAUGAUCUUGAUGAAAGGUUCUCCGAUCUAAAAGGACUUUAUGAUCUUUCAAAAAGAUUAGUUCAGACAAAGAAGCAUUCAAACUACCCUCAUGUAUUCCUCUUAGUGAAACUUGCCUUGCUCUUGCCAGUUGCCACUGCAUCCGUUGAAAGAACUUUUUCGGCAAUAAAGUUUAUCAAGAAUGACUUGCGGAGUCGAAUGAAUGAGAGUUAUUUUAGUGGUUGCUUGGUGCCUUAUGUAGAAAAAGAUGUGUUUAAUAGGAUCUCUAAUGAUGUUAUUAUAAAAACAUUUCAAGGAAUGAAACCUCGUCGUGUACAGUUGUAG